GCCAUCGCAAUCAUUAUCAAAAAUAGAAGAAGAGAAAGAAGUAACAGCGGCCGCAGUGCUUGUACCGGUUGAUUUGUUUACUGAGUCCCCGAAAAAAAAGCAAAGCGAAGCCAUGGAGAAGCCGUGCACGGAGUCCGAGCGCAGCAACAGCGUGGACGGUGGCGGCCUCGUGUGCCGCAUCUGCUACCGCGGCUGCGGCGACUUGUUCGCUCCCUGCAACUGCCGCGGCACCAUGGCGCUGACGCACAAGGAAUGCUUGGAGCGAUGGCUGCGUGAACGCGACGCCAACCAGUGCAGCGUCUGCCUGGCUCGCUACAGGGUCCGCCGUGUCCACGCGCCGCUGCGGAAGUUCUUCACCGACUCGAGCAAUCGUGGCGACGUGCUGCGCAUGGCCGUCAACCUGGUCUCGGCUGCUGGCGACAUGGUCGUGCUCGUGUUCGCGUGGAGCUACGCGGCUCGUUUCCUCGGCGGCCUCGGCUGGUUCGCGUACCUGCUUGUCGUGGCCCUGCUCGUCUUCCAAACAAUAUUUUGGAUCCUGGUUGAGUGCGCAAGGGUUUGGACUUGCUACGAACCUGUUCGUGAAUGGCGCAAGAAAGCCGUGACCGUGGACAUCAUCACAGAUGAUACGCACAGCAUAUCAGUUCCCAAGGAAGACCUGGCUGACGUUGAUAAAAGAGGGCUGUCGUUUCUCUGGAAACCUGUGGUGCCAUAUCGCCCACUACAGAACUCUUCGUCCGGCCCGCCAGUCACAGGGCAAAAGGCCGACACUGGGGUCAACACAGCUCCGCCUUCAGCACACAAAGCUUGAUCACAAGAAUGCCCACCUAAUCAGCAUCUUGCCCAGAAACCCGAGAUCGCUCCUCAACGGGCCGCUAAGGAGUAGCUCUUGCUUGUUUGCUGGCUGGGCAGAAAUGUAUAUUGUAUACCAGGCGUCAUAUUAUCUCACUGCUCGGUGCCAGUCCCCUUACAUUAAAUGUGCCAAAUUUAA